UGCACAAGCCUGCUGGCUGGGAGUGCUUCGUUCCGCUGCGCAAUUUCUUUACAUUGAUCAUUUUUUGUUGCUGCCACAUCACUGGACUACAUAGACUAAGACAGACACAAGUCGGAGUGAGAAGAGGUCAAAGUGCAACAGAACUGCAGAAACUUCGCAGCUGCAGGCAGGACAAAGCUUUUUUUUUAACUGUAGAUGAAGCCAGGAUUUAGGGAUGCACUCUGAGUUGGAUUUAAUGAAACACAACAUGUAUUUUUGUAAAUAUUACAUCGUGGAGAUAUUCUUUUUGUUUUGACAGAGUGUAGAAGUUGGUUCACAACAGAACUACUAACCUGCACCUAAGUGGAACAAGGAGUGAAAUGGAGACAGAGCCAUGUUGUGAAGAGCAUAAAGACGCUGCUGUGGAGCCUACAGAGCCUGACAGGGACAGUCACACCGUGCUGCCCUGUGGGCCUGCAGAGGAAGGUGAGGAGCUGUGUGGGAGAGAGCAGGCUGAAACAGAGAGCUGUGCAGGAGGGAGUAAAAGCACUGAGAUAAAAAGCCCCUCUGAUCCUGAGCAUGAAAGUGGAGACGCAGAAUGCAAGGAACGGAGAAAACUGAAAAAAACAAACAGCUGGAAGAUGGUACGAUUCCAAGACCCAUCAACAGAUGACGAUGUGUUGGAGAGGGACAGCUCAGCAGAGAGUCUCUUUCCAGAAUAUGUGUUGAAGGAGUGGACUUCCUCGACCUUUGAGGAGCUCUUCAUGGCAGAAGAUUGGCAGGACAUCACAGAGGACCGGCUGUUGAGGAAGAAGGUGCUGGAGUCCAGGGCCAUGCAUGCUCAGCGCCCCACCUGGGGCCAGGAGGUUACUGUGAAGAUGCAAUGUGUCCUGGAGGACCGCACUGUGGUGGAGAAGGACUGCAAGCUUGUCUUUGUUAUUGGAGAGGGAGAUGUAAACCAGGCCCUGGAGGAGUGUGUCAUAUCCAUGGAGAAGGGUGAGAUCACAUUACUGCUGGCAGAUUCACAGUAUGGCUAUGGACUUCUGGGAAGGGAACCUGAUAUUCCAGCAUGGGCUCCUUUACUCUACCAGCUCCAGCUGCUGGACAUCAGAGAGAAACCAGACCCGUUAACUCUGCCCAUUGCAGACCGCAUCCGCAUCGGCAACCAGAAACGAGAGCGAGGAAACUUUCAUUUCCAGAGAGAGGAAUACUGCAUGGCUGCCAGAGCCUAUUUUAUGGCUCUGGAUGUGCUAACCACACGCAGCAAAGAUGGUGGUGAUGGCAGCAUGAAGGCAGAGGAGGAGGAGGUGCAGGACUACCGGGUGAAGUGUUUGAACAACCUGGCCACUGCUCAGCUCAAACUGGAGCAGUACGAUGAGGCACUGCACACCAGUCGGGAUGUUCUGACCCUCGAGCCAAACAACGUCAAGGCCCUUUUCAGGGCAGGAAAGCUUCUGUCAGACAAGGGUGAAUACAAAGAGGCGAUGGAGGUGCUAAAAAAGGCCUUGAAACUGGAGCCGGCCACCAAGGCAAUCCACAUUGAGUUAUCUAAACUCGUCAAAAGGCAAUCAGGAGGAAAAGAUGCUCAGGAUUGGAAAGCUAAACCAGCGGACAUGCUUGGAGACAAUAUCGCACCUUUUCUGAUUCCUUCUAAGAAGAAACAGUUUGGACUUUCCUGGAAGAUUAUACUCGGAGCUCUGGUUGUAGCCUUGGGCAGCUUAGUGACGUCAAUGAUUCUGACUGCAAGAAACUGAAAUCAUCAUCAUGUGCAGGUGCAGAGUUUGGUCUCCAGUCCUCUUUAGUCAAGUUCAGUUGAAAAGAGUUUUCUACUGUAAAGACAUGAGAAUGAGUUUCACAUGGUAGAAAAAUGUCUCACUGAAAGAUGUACAGUAUUUAUGAGAAAGAGAUUUCUGCUGAUCGAUAAGACAGAAGUUUCUAACAGUCAUCUUUCCAGUUAUGUCUGUUUUAUUUGGAAAAGGGAUUACAAUUUAUGUUUGUCAUAAAAAAGGGUCCUGGAAAAUAUUAUGGUAUCACAGAUAUCCAAAAAAAAAAAAAAAAAGAAAAAAAAAAAAUAGUGUCCUGGAAGUUUUGUUAAGACUGUAA